ACGUAAAUCCUUCCAACAUAUAUGUGUACAAAUUAUUGCUUCAAUAUGUCUCGGUAGGAGACAAGUUCUAUAUUUGUUUGAAGACAUGAACACCGAUGUUAGAAGUAGAAUUUGAUGCCGCUACAUUUAUCGAAAUUCUAUAUUUGUUUAAAAUAUUAACACUAAUUUUAUAUUUAUUUAAGAUAUGAGCAGCAUUGAUAAAUAGUUAAAUAAAUAAAAUAUAAGUUUGGAUUUUUGAGCCGGCCCUAACCUAAAAGGAUUUAACUCCAAAAUAGUUAAAUAGAAUUAAGUUCAAAUCUAGUAAUUUAUAGAGUUGGACGGUCUUGGUCAAUGCUUUUUUUUGGUCAAAGAUAUACAAUGCGGAAAAAUAGAUUUCCCCAACCCAUAUCUCUAUCAUUAUAACCCUAGAAACUUCUUAUCCUUCUUUUACAAACCGAUCCUCUACAACACAAGAAACGAGAGGUAAGAGACCCGUGAGGAGUGUCCUCUGAUUAAUCGUGGCCGAAAGUAGUUGCGUCAAUUUGAUUUUGGAUGGAUCGAUAUAAGCUCAAUUGUUACAAAACUCUUUUAUUUAUUUUUUUCAAAAGUUAGGGUUUCUCGUUAUAUCUUCAUCAUUCUUUCCUCGUAUCCAAUUCAAUGACACACAAAACUUGUGACGUUUGACAUGAUUGUUACGGUCUUAAAAUAGGAUGUUGCACGUUCCCUUUUUGUUUGAUCCGGACUGUUGAAUGUGUUGAUGCUUUUGUUUCGAACCGAAUUCAACAGUUUCCCAAAGAAUCUGUAUUAUUCUGGUUGACCAAAAAAAAUUUUCAGUUCUGUUGCAAUUAUAUUUUUUUCCUUUUUCAUCUGUUGAUUAGCAGAUGAGGAACUGUUCGGGAAAAGCUCCAUCUGUGUCCAAAAGUAAAGAUGAGGGUUGUGAGGAUGAUAAGCCUUUGAGUGCCAGGCUUAAAGUUCAAAUGUCAUCGACGGUGCAGAUAAAGAUCAGCGUGCGUGCAUCAAGUAGCAAGAAGAGAGCUUUGGUUGAUAAUAUCAAACGGAAUGGUUCAAAACCUAAAGAGCAGAGUUCUCAGUCACCUUCUAAGAGACCUCUUGAGAAGGGAAGUUCUUCGAAACAAUCUUUUGUUAAGAGGCCUAAGCUUUUAGGUAAUGCAGCUACUCCAGAUAGCAAAGGGAAGAAUCUGGACGCAUCCAAGCCGUUGAAAGCUAAACAAGCAACUGUUUGGGAAGAAAACUCAGAUGGGGAUGAUCAUGUCCCUAUUGCUUCGAGAAUGAGGUCAGGUCCCUCAAAUAAAAAACCAUCAUCCGUGAAGAAGCCAAAUGGUAGUAAAAUGAUAGCUUCUUCAUCCAGAAAGAUAGCUAAGAACAAAUGCGUGAAAGAUUAUAAAGCGCUACCUUUUCGAGAUGGGCAAAAGAAAUGGACAACGCUAGUGCACAAUGGUGUUCUUUUUCCACCUCCAUAUAAAUGUCAUGGGGUUAAGAUACUGUAUCAGGGAAAGCCAGUUGACUUAACUCCUGAACAAGAAGAGGUUGCCACUAUGUUUGCAAAGAUGAGAAAAACGGAUUAUUACAAUAAACCAAUAUUCAGAGAGAAUUUCUGGAAUGAUUGGAGGGAACUACUUGGAAAGAAUCAUGUGAUUAGAAACUUAGAUGAUUGUGAUUUCAGUUCCAUAUAUGAAUGGUAUAUGCAGGACAUUGAGAUAAGGAAACAAAUGAGUGCAGAAGAGAAAAGAAUUCUGAAGGAGGAGAAAUUAAAGCAGGAAGAGAAAUACAUGUGGGCAGUUCUUGAUGGCGUCAAAGAAAUGGCUGGAAAUUUCAGAGUUGAACCCCCAGGCUUGUUUCGUGGCCGGGGAGACCAUCCUAAGAUGGGGAAACUGAAAAAACGGAUUCGUCCUUGUGAUAUUACAAUCAACAUCGGUAAAGAUGCACCCAUUCCAGAAUGCCCUAUACCUGGUGAAAGAUGGAAAGAAGUUAAGCAAGACACUACUGUGACAUGGUUUGCUUUCUGGAAUGAUCCCAUCAAUCCAAAAGUGUUCAAGUAUGCAUUCUUGGCAGCUAGCAGUGCGUUAAAGCAGCGCCUUAGAGAAGCAUGCACUAAAGAUCUUAGUGACAAGGAUGCAACAAAACAGGAAACAGAGGUUGCUACAUAUCUUAUAGAUAAGCUAUCCCUUAGGGCUGGAGACGAGAAGGUCGCCAUCGUUUCUGACCAUGAUCAACGUACUGUCUCGGAAUCUCACGGACCACAAGUUGAGAGGCUGGCUGUGAAAAUAGAAGAACUAAGGGAGAAAAUAGAAGAGCUAGAUAUCGAUCUCGAUGGGACUGAGAAAGAAACUCCUGCAACUGAGUGGACGUCCGAUUUUUUUAUAGUUGAGCCGGUCAAAGGGACUGGCAGCAAUGUUCCUGUUUUCACUGAGCCGGCUACUGAACUGGCUGAUGUGUUAGCCUCAGAAGUUCCUAAAGAAACUGCUAUCUCACCUGAGAAACUGGAGUGUGCAUGGAGGAGAAUGACUCAAUGGAUGCGGGUGAAAGGAUGAACUCAAUGGUGAUAAGGGAACCACCUCUGGAAACAGAAACUUUGCAGGAAAGUGAAGAUUCUGGUCCGAGUAGGUACUACUAGGUAGCAAAGGAUUACGGUUGGAGACUGUGGUAUCUGAUCUGUUAAUACUCUCUCUACUAUGCAGUUGUUAGCUUAAAUCUAGAUUAAACAUUCUCUUAAUCAUGUCUCCAUUUUCUUCUCAAACCUGUUUGGUUUUAACUCCUUGCUUAGUUACUCUUUUACAUGUUUUUAAGUUUUAAGUUUUAACUAAGUAUUACUUUUGUUUCAAAA